AUGGCACCCGUCACCAAGAACGAUGUCUCUCUCUACCGCAAAGAUGUGGCCUCCGGAGGCCGCGCACUCACACCUGCAGAGCGUGAAAAGCUCCUGCGGCCAUACCUCCCACCUCCGCAAUCAGAAUCCAACAAGAUGAAAUCAGGAUUGUCCGCGACUGCGACGCAGAAAAGGCACAGGGGCCACAGACCUAGGCUUCGGCCAUUCCUCAAAUCGAAGCUUCAUUUCAUCUUGUUCUUCCUCAUUCAGUUGGUUUUUGGCAUCUACAUCCGCCUGCGUCAAAUCUACCAUGCCAUUCUCGACCGCUUAUUAGCCAUCCGACAUUACCAUCACCGCAGCCCCGAACUCAUAUUGAGAGAUGUGCAAAACCUCGAACGGAUACCCGAGCAUUUGAGUGUGAUACUCAAAUUCAAGUCGGAGGAAGAUGGCGGACUAGAGGCCCUGAUGGACGAGGUUGCUGAGCUCUGUGCCUGGUCGGCGGCAGCAGGAAUCCCGUUAUUGAGUGUCUAUGAAAAGUCGGGUAUUCUAAAGACAUAUAUGUCGUCUCUACAGAAAAUGGUGGAGCAGAAGCUUGUCGCCUAUUUCGGCCGUCCUCCUGCAGCACCAAUUUUGAGCGUCUUUGCUCCGAACCACCCAUCUACCGGUUCAUCGCCUUUCCCCUCGCCUCAAACAUCGGUCCAAUCGACCGACAGGCAUCCCUCAACGGUUGACCAACGCCAGCGCUUCAAUCUCCUUCUACUGUCGGCAAGUGACGGGAGAGAUACUCUGGUUGACCUGACCAGAACUCUAGCGGAGAUGUCUCAAACCCACAAGCUCAACCCUAAGGAUAUCACGUCAAAUCUAAUCAACACCGAAAUAAACGCCACCACAUCCAUCUCGGGUCUACGAGAGAGAGACGGUCACAGCGUUAAGCCUCCGGGUAAAGAAGUCGACCCAGCAGAGCCUGACCUCGUCAUCGUUUUCGGGCCCUACGUCAAGCUCGAUGGAUACCCACCCUGGCAAAUCCGACUCAGCGAGAUUUUCUGCGUGGGUGACUCUGGCGGAGAUGUCUCUGGCAGCCGUAGCACGAGGGUGGAAUAUCAGGCCUUAUUGAGGGGUCUAUGGAGAUAUGCUGGCGCGGAAAUGAGGUUCGGGAGAUAG